CAGGUGAGGUACGAGCUCACUGACCACCAGGGUAACCUCCAGGCUGAAACCUUCACUCCACCAUACAUAUCUGGACAUGCUCAUUCUUGCAACCUUUUCUCAGUCACUUUGACUAGAGUUUUAUAGGGCCACAAUCCUUGGAUUUAUCAAUAUUUCCCACAUUAACUUGAAAAGCUGAAAGGACUACAGCCUUGUUACCAGUUUUAAUAUUUGGCAGCCUGAAGAGGGUUUUCUGCAAAGACACCCCAUCUGUUUGCACACAGAAGAUUCAUCAUUGAAGACCAUUCAGGAAAGCCACCUCCUUCUUCCACACAACGUGGUUCACAUCUGGAGUCCCUUUCAUCCUCCUCUGAAUCUCAAUGAGAGCAAAGUGUGACAAGCAAACAUGCUGCUGCUGGUAGUGCUUGUGGCCACAGCCUCUUGGUCUUAUGGAUUUGCACAGGAAAUUCCCAUGCAGAGCCCUAUAUCCAUCACCAAGUUCCAAAAAAGUGCACGGAUGACAUGUGAAAUUCAAACAUCGAAGGAAAAUGUUGAUGGCAUCGUCAUACACUGGUAUAAGCAGAAGGAGGGAGAAGCUCCAGAGAGGCUCCUGUUCUUUUCACAAGGCAAAGUUACCACUGAAAGUGCCUUUCAAGUAAACAGAUACAUGGUUGAAAGAAUUUCUGUCCAGAAGCAGUGUGUUCUUACAAUAAAAGAUGUCAUUCCAGAUGAUGCUGCUACUUACUACUGUGCCUACUGGGAUCCUCACUACUACAAAGUGUUUGGCUCAGGUACAAAACUCAUUGUCUCAGAAAAAGGAAGUUCUCCACCAGCAAACUCUGAAAUCCUGCAGAAACAACAUGAAAAUCAGAUAAUAUAUGUUUGCCUUAUUGAGAAAUUCUACCCAGAAGUUAUCAGGGUGACAUGGACUGAUGACGAAAAGGAGGUAACAGACAAUGUAGUAAAAGGUGAUACUUGGCAGUCCACGAAAGAGGAUGAAUACUCAAUUGCCAGUUGGUUAACUGUACCAGCAGAGAACAAAGACAAGAAAUACUACUGCAAAUAUGAGCAUGAAGAGGAAAAGGCUUCACUGCCAACACAAGUAGAUUCUGUGAAGACUGCUCCUCAGGAAGAGGACUGCGGAACAGUUUUUAAUAGAGAUCAGUUAAUGCACAGGACAGCAUAUUUAGUAUAUAUCAUCCUUCUUCUGAAGAGCUCCAUGUACUAUCUUCUCAUACUCUUCUUCAUCUACAGAAUGUGGGCUUCAACCAAGUACCAAGGAAAGAAAGCAUAAAUGCUGGUUUAAGAAAGGGCUACAAAUUGAUCUUCAAUUUACUUUGCCAUAUGCUUACCCAUAUAGACUCCCCUACUCUCAGUGUUAGAGGUAACAGGAAAAAAAUCCCAAAAUAAUUUUCUGGCAUUAGCGAGUAAGGGCUCAUUUUGCUUUACUGCUAGUGUUUUUAUAUCAGUCUGGUUUUCCUAAUUUUCUUCUGAAGAUUGAAUAAAGAUAGGCAAUAGGAAUAAUGCAUUUUAAUCCAAGUCCGUGUUGCAAAAUGAAGAAGGUAACCAUGUCAAAAGUAGCUAUGCAUCCAGAAGCUUAGGGGUAUAACAGGGCUUUUGAUGUAUAAAGCAUGGAUGUGUUUUGUCAUUGCAUUUAAGGCUUAAUUAGGAGCAUUCCUGUGCAGUAAAUUCACAGGUAUUGGUUCAUUUUACUCUCAGUGAUUUGUCGCAACUCUCAUGUACCCAACAAAUCAGGAAUUAAUUAUUCUGAAGUGGUGUGCUUUAAGAGACAAUUAAACAAAACUUUAAAAAGUGAACAAAAGAAUUUUGAAUAAAGAAGUCAGAUGAGAAUAAAAGCAAUGCUAAGGUGCACAUGUGAAGAAAUUGAAGAAAUCCACCGGCACUGUGACACAGUCUGAAAAUCUGCACAUUGUAAUUUUAAAAAAAGAAAACAACCACAAUGAUCAUGAACAUCACCUCGUCUAAAGACACCUUUUAAAACUGAGCAAAACCUCAAAAGUGACCCUCUGAAAGAAUAUUUUUACAAAGGAAGAAAAAUUCUCGGAGACUUUGAACUCUUAAUCUCCAAGUUCCACAAAUCAUUUCCUUUCAAAUUUAUGUGGAAAAAUAGGAAGUAGACAUAUUGGGAUAAAUCGCUUGCUUGGUUUUGGGCAACACUGCUCUAGGUUUUGGAGAUAUGUCCCUGCAGCAUUUACACUCACUGUGUCUGUAAUGAUGAUGGCAAUAAAAGCUUUCCUCCAGCUGUC